AUGGCCAGAGGUAACCAGAGAGACAAGUCCAGAGAAAAGAACUUGAAAAAGCAAGCACAACAAAAGAAGAAGCAAUCCGGUGACCCAAAGAAGAGAUUAGAAGCAGAUGCUGAGAAAUUAAGAGCCAAACAAGCUGCUGCUGAUGCCAGAAAAGCUGAAGCGGCUACGGCUGCUAAGUAA